AUGCCGCGCAAACGCACGCGAGACGAGAUGGAGGCGUCCGAGCCUGAAGAGAAGCAGCAGGAGACCUCGUUACUGCAGAGGAUACGUAAUAUGUGGGAAUUUGCCUCGGUGAUGCAGUACAUUUUCACAUUCGGCAAGGCCGUCAAGAUCGACGAAGACUUUGACAUCGAGGACUUCGAGAACGAGUGUUUGAAGCCAGGCAGUUCGGAGAAACUCGAGGAGAUCGGCCUCACCCUUCUCAAGUGGAUUUCCUCGCAUCGAGGACUGAAUUAUGACAUUUGGGAUGAAUAUACCCGCCGACAGUACCUGGCCAAGGCCCCUCAUCUCAACCCUUACGGCGAUGACGAAGAACCCAAGCGGUUUCGGGACUUUGACAUCUGCACUAAGAUUAGGAUCCUUCACCAGCUGACGGUAUGGACAUUCUGGAACCCCGACCGCAUGAGGGAGAAGAUGGCCGAUCAUCCUCGUGAAGCGGAUCAAACUGAAUGGCGCAUUGAAGAGUUCGGCUACGACCGAGAUGAUCGACAGUAUUACCUCCUGGACGACAAUCGCUUCUACAGACGCACUGAACCUCCCCUGCCCGCAGCUCCAAAGGCCAAACCGAAAGCGAAUUCUAAGAAAGCCAUCGCCGCCAGACGCCGGGAAUCCAAGCGGAGAAAAUUGGAAGUCGAAAGCGUCGAAACCGAGGAGGAUAACGAAGACAACACUGAAGAGACAGAGGCCACCCAAGAAGAAAAAAAGCUUGACUCCUGGGAGAUUGAUACCUUCGGCGGCUUCAAGUGGGAAUGCCUCUGCAUAAAUCUUCCUGACUAUCAGGAAUUUUGUGAAUCUCUCAAAAAGAGCAAAGAUGCCAAUGAGAAGCUGCUGCGACAACGACUAAUGGAGGAAGUCAUUCCGGUCAUCGAAGCCGCCGAAGAGAAGCGACGUCGGAAGACUGAGCGUCGUGAGAGGGAACUCCUCAUGAUGGAGAGGAUGGUCGGUGCUAAACGAUCCAGUCGUUUGGCCGACAAGCACGACCGCGAAAGACGAGACGCUGAACAAGCUGAGAUCGAGAAAAAGAGACAAGCCGACCUCGCCGCUGCUCAUCGUGAACAAGUAAGACAAGAGAAGAUGGAGCAAGAGAGACAAUACCGCAUGAUGACGCGGGAACAACGCAUCAAGGACCGCGAAUACAAGCGAAUCCUCAAAGAAGAGGAGCUCGCCCGAGACGAACUGGAGCAGAAGCGCAUCGAGGAAGGCCAGAGUCGAGGGUCCGAUCGAGCACUCAAGCAGCGCAUGGAGCGGAACAAGAAAGAGCUGGAGGACCUUGACGCCGACGAAGACUGGACCUUUGACUGCUCUGGCUGUGGGGUUUAUGGCAAAAAUCUUGAUGAUGGAACCCACAUCAUCUCGUGCGAGAGCUGUAACGUCUGGCAGCAUAGCAAAUGCUUGGGCAUCUCAAAGUCGGCGGCAGAGAAGAAAGACUUUCAUUUCGUUUGCAAAGAAUGCAGACAGAAAGAAGAGGACUCAAAGAAGCCAAAGAUUUCCCUCAAGUUCCGUGUUGGUGCAUCAUCGUCUCCGGCUCCUCCAAGUCCGGCACCUGUUCGGUCCACCUUCGCUGGCGUUGAGGCUCCCAGUAUGCGGACUCAGGGUUCACAAUCGAUUGGGCACCUUUCAACACCGGGCCAAGCCUCCCAAGGUCACCAGCCAUCACUGGUCAACGGCACAUACCCUGAGCAACUUCCUGGGUCCCCUCAGCAUCCGCAUCCUGGCCCUCCCCAGUAUCCACAAGGCUAUGGCAGCCGGCCUCUUCCCUCUGGCUAUCAAGCAAUCCAGCCUUACCUCCCCUCCGCCAGCAACGGCCAGGUUACAAUCCCGCCACCUCCCUUUGCGGCUAGCCCACCGUCCCACAACAAUGGUGUGUCACAUCAGUACCAGGACUAUCCUGGCGGCAAGAGACCCCUGGCGCCGUCGACCAUUCCGACACGUUCGGCAGCUCCCAAUUCCUCGCCCAACAGUGCUCGUCUGCCGUCCCCCGUGUUGAAUCGUCCAACUAUGUCUCCGACACAAGGGAACAUGGACGUCGGUCCGGUUGCCGGCAUCCCUCAGAAAGCCUCGGAAUCUCCCGAGCUCACGUCGAAUGGCAUCUUUGGCCCUACCAACGCGACAUCAUCUCAAUCCCAAGUAACUCCUGGACCCACUUCUCAGAACCAGCCGGCAAAUUUGCAUCGGACUCCUAUCUCAAGAACACCCAACUAUUCACUGUCCGGGCUCUCGCCCAGAAAACAACAGACACCGGGUCCUCUAGCUGCGCCGAGCGCCAAUUCUCAAAAGUCAGCACCGACAUCCCCACCUCUAUCCAUUUCGUCCAUAAGCCAGCACGCCCUCCACCCAACAAAUGAGCCUGUACUGCCUACCGUUACUACCGCCCCUUACCCUGGUGAGAAGCGUUCUGUUAGCGGCACGCCGAUCCUCCCGCCUGUUGAAAACCUGCGGCCAAGCCCUCAACAGCUACGCAACUCAAGCUCCAAUGGGCCGGUGCCGACCCCGAGUAAGCAGCCACAACCCCACUCACACUCGCAGCUUGAGGCCGCGCUCGCCGUCGAACACAAGGUCAAUGAGCAAGCUUUUAAGGCGAACAUGGCUCAUACUGCUGAUGGUGAAGGGAGGAAACUGGCACAGGGGUCCAAUGAGGAAGCAACCGUGGCCAAGAGAGACGAUGACACUCGCACCGGACCCAACGUCCUGAAAGAACUUAGCCGGCAAUCUGAAGCAGCUCCAGCUACUGAGGACGCGUCACAUCCGGGAAUGAGGGACGUGGUGAUGCAAGACGUGCGGUAA